GUUAGAAAAAAGUGUCGGCUUUCAGACGGACCCAUUUCCAAGUACUUCUUUGCUGAGAGAUUACAACUAAAGGGGAGAAUUGGCUAGUUUUCUACAGAAUCACCUCACAACACUUCCCUUCCUCCUGUUUUUUAAAGGAGGGGAAAGAGAAACAAAGUUGUAUAAAGGAGAAGCUGGUGGCAAGAGUGUAGAGGAGUAGCAUAUGGCACUAAAAGGAGCACAGCUGGAGGUAGCAUUUCCAUCUGAACAUGAUGUCAGAGCAGCUGACAGACUGCCAUCCCCCAGUCUUUUCUUCUAACGCACAGACUGGGAGUUAGUGUGUGUGCGGAUCUGUGUGCAGGAGGAGGCAUCGCAUUCCCCUUCAACAUCUCCUCCACUUUGCAUCUGUCCCUCACAGUUUGAUUUUCUCUCUCUUUCUCUCACGUCUCUACCCUUUCAUUGAUUCGGCGAAGGGAGUUACAGCCGGCGCUACCACAACAGUGGACUUAAUCAAGUUGAUGCGUACUGCAGGUUAUGAAGACAGCAUGGAGUUUCCAGACCACAGCAGACAUUUGCUACAGUGUCUGAGCGAGCAGAGGCAUCAGGGAUUCCUUUGUGACUCCACUGUUCUGGUCGGUGAUGCCCAGUUCCGAGCCCAUCGUGCAGUGCUGGCUUCAUGCAGCAUGUACUUCCACCUCUUUUACAAGGACCAGCUAGACAAAAGGGACAUUGUUCAUCUGAACAGCGACAUUGUCACAGCCCCGGCCUUUGCUCUCCUGCUUGAGUUCAUGUACGAAGGAAAGCUCCAGUUCAAAUCGCUUCCAUUGGAGGAUGUGCUGGCUGCUGCCAGCUACCUCCACAUGUACGACAUUGUCAAGGUGUGCAAGAAGAAGCUCAAGCGGAAGGCCAUAGAUGAGGCCGACAGCACCAAGCGGGAGGAGGAUGCUUCCAGCUGCUCGGACAAGGUGGAGAGCUUCUCGGAAGGUGGAAGCACGGGCCGGCCGGCCACGGCCGACCUGCUGCAGAGCGACGACGAGGACAUGGAGAACAAACGGGACAGCCCUCAGGAGCCAGGGAGCAUGUGGAUGCGUCUGCCUUCCGACCGGACCGCGUCUCCCACCACUAGCCCCAGGGAGGCGGAAACACACGGUCCCAACGCUGGCAAAUCUCCUGCUGGCAGCCCCAGCAGUUCCACCGGCUCUCUGUCCCAUCGCUCAGCGGUGUCUCAGAGAGUCUCUGCUGACACCGAUUGUGUGCUUGACCUCUCUGUGAAAUCUGGUCUGGGUGGAGGUCCUGGGGAGACUAUUGCUGGCAACCCUUAUUUCUGCAGCUCUGUGACCCCAGACAGCCUCCAGAGUGCCUUGGUUCAAGUCAAGGUGGAAAAGGACACAGGCUCGGACGAUGACGAACUGGUGAGCGGCGACUACGAGAUGGAGCACAGCGGUGUCAAGGAGCCACCCAGCACCAACGGGACUCACAUCAGCCUCGUUGCACAACGUAGGUUGGGCCUGGAGGCUCACCUCUCGGCCCUGCGUGAGGCCUCACUGUCCACUGAGCUGGAGCAGGACAACAAAGGAGGCGAUGACGACACAGGGGACAGCGAGCGAGCACAUGAGGCCACGGGAGUUGAGAACUCCCUGUUGCCUUACGUCUCCAGCAUGCUGGGGGCUCCACAUACUCAGAUCUUCUUGUGCCCCUUAUGCAACAAGGUCUUCCCCAGCCCACACAUCCUGCAGAUCCACCUCAGCACGCAUUUCCGCGAACAGGAAGGCGUACGGUCCAAGCCGGCCGGCGAUGUUAAUGUCCCCACCUGCUCCAUCUGCGGCAAAACCUUCUCCUGCAUGUACACGUUAAAGCGCCACGAGCGGACACACUCGGGCGAGAAGCCCUACACAUGCACUACUUGCGGCAAGAGCUUCCAGUACUCGCACAACCUGAGCCGGCAUGCCGUCGUGCACACACGUGAGAAGCCACACGCCUGUAAGUGGUGCGAGCGGCGCUUCACACAGUCAGGGGACUUGUACCGACACAUCCGCAAGUUCCACUGCGAACUGGUCAACUCGAUCUCGGUCAAGAGCGAGGCGCUCAAUCUUCCCAUGGUCAGAGACUGGGCACUGGAAGAUAGUUCACAAGAACUGUGGAAAUGAAAGCUAAACUGAUAGCAGACUGUUUGAACUGCUUGUUAAUUUAAUGAGAGAGAUCUGAGUGGCAUUUUUUGGGGCAAGAGAGGUGAAGGUAAGAGUGGGGCGGAGUGACGGCCGAAGGGUCUGAAUCAGUCAUUUUUCUUGUAUGUACAUUGCAAAUCUGGUUGAAUUGCACUUUACUAGCACAUGAAAAUGUUACUACUGAUUUUCUUUUAAUAUAUUUUCUGGUCUCUUUAGGGUCUCUUUUUUUUUUUCCCCUGUUCUCCUCGGGGUUUUUAAAAAUAUGGGUGCUUCAAAU